AUGUUGAGAGGUGAAGGAAGCCAAGCGGCUGUAGCAAGAAAGCAAAAGGCAGAGAAAGCAAGGAGAAUGAGAGAAAGGAUGUCCAUAGAUGAAGAUUUGGAGUAUGUUAGAUCGAGGGAAGAGAGGAAUCAGCAGAUGAAAGAAUCUGAGGCAGGGGAUCAUGUCUCCUCUGAAGAGCAGUCUGAAAGUGAGAGGUUGAGGGAGGAAAGGAGAGCGAAGAAGAGGAAUGAUCCCAUAAGUAGCGAAAGUGAACAAGGGGAUUUUGAGAUUGGGGUUAACCUUGUUCAAGAGGGGAGUUAUGGCUCUCCAAUUCAAGGAGGAAGUGAUGAGAAUGAGAGUGAAGAGGAAGGAGAGGAGGUGAACCGAUUGGUUGAUGAGAGUGAUCAAAAGGGUAACCAAGAUGAGCCCAUGGAGGAGGCUGAGCAACAAGAGGAGGAAGAAGAACUCCCUAUGUACCAAGAGCAUUAUGAUGCUCUCUUCUCCAUGGACUUUGUGGAGACCAAGUACCCACAUGAUGACACAAUGAGGGCUCUUGGGAUCUUUGAUGAAUACCGCUUCUCCUACCCGUAUCGAAUAGAACAUGCUGAGUAA